CCCGCGGCUCCCGGGCCCCGCGCGGCGGAGAAUGCGGAACCGGCCGUGGGCUGAAGCCGCCGGGAUGGCGCAGGGGCGGCGCAGAGCGGGCUGCGCGGGGCCCUAGAGCGCCGGCGGCGGCGCGGCCAUGGCCAAGGAGCGGCGGCGGGCGCUGCUGGAGCUGCUGCGGCGGCCGGGGAACGCACGCUGCGCGGACUGCGGCGCCCCGGACCCCGACUGGGCCUCAUACACGCUUGGUGUCUUCAUAUGCCUCAGCUGCUCUGGGAUCCACCGUAACAUUCCCCAGUUCAGCCGCAUCAAGUCAGUGCGUCUGGAUGCCUGGGAGGACAGUCAGGUGGAGUUCAUGGCCACCCAUGGAAACGAGGCUGCCCGAGCCAUGUAUGAGAGCCAAGUCCCGCCCUUCUACUACCGGCCCACGUUUGCUGACUGCCAGGUCCUACGGGAGCAGUGGAUCCGUGCCAAGUACGAGCGGCAGGAGUUCAUGAACCCUGAGAAGCAGGAGCCCUACUCUGCAGGCUACCGUGAGGGCUUUCUUUGGAAGCGCGGCCGUGACAAUGGACAGUUCAUGAGCCGAAAGUUCGUGCUGACAGAGCGGGAGGGCGCCCUCAAGUACUUCAACAGAAUUGAUGCCAAGGAGCCAAAGGCCACCAUGAAGGUGGAGCACCUGAACGCCACUUUCCAGCCGGCCAAGAUUGGCCACCCGCAUGGGCUGCAGGUCACCUACCUGAAGGACAAUAGCACCCGCAACGUCUUUGUCUACCAUGAGGACGGCAAGGAGAUGGUGGACUGGUUCAAUGCUCUGCGGGCUGCCCGCUUCCACUACCUGCAGGUGGCCUUCCCGGGAGCCAGUGAUGCAGAUCUGGUGCCCAAGCUCUCCAGAAACUACCUGAAGGAAGGGUACAUGGAGAAGACGGGCCCCAAGCACACCGAGGGCUUCCGGAAACGCUGGUUCACCAUGGAUGACCGCAGGCUACUCUACUUCAAAGACCCGCUGGAUGCCUUUGCCCGCGGGGAGGUCUUCAUUGGCAGCCAGGAGAGUGGGUACACGGUGCUGGACGGGCUCCCGCCGGCCACCCAGGGCCACCACUGGCCACAUGGCAUCACCAUUGUCACGCCUGAGCGCCGCUUCCUGCUGGCAUGUGAGACGGCAGCCGAGCAGCAGGCCUGGGUGGACGCAUUCCGGAGGGUGGUGGAGCGGCCCAUGCUACCUCAGGAGUAUGCAGUGGAAGCUCACUUCAAGCACAAGCCGUAGCUGGGACCAGGCCCAGGAUGGAGCGGGGAGUCGAUGGGGCCCCCAGGACUGUUCAACGGAGCCUCGUUUUGGCUCAGCUGCCCACCCCCC